AAUUGGAGAUACAAAACCUAACCUCAAAAUAUUUUGCUCGGAGCGUUUCGCUGUGACGACUGUGUUCCACCGUUAGUGGCCUGCAAUUACUUUGGCCCGGUUUCACCAGGAACUAAACUUGUCGUUAGAGGAAGCGUAAACUCCAAUUAGCUCUUAACUGACAAAAUCGGGCUUUACCAUACGCCGUUAGAACUAAUAAAGGUUGAUUCAGACAUGGGACUGUGCUGGUACUGUGCUGCGUUGCGUUUGCGAUGGGACUGCGGUCGUGUUGGGUCGCUAUCAUUCACACAUAGGGCACUGUGCUGCGGCCGUGCUGUUGCUGUUUUGCUCUGUAUUACGUCAUUCCACUGCAAUCACUUCAUUACUUCAGUCACAGAGAUGGAUUCCGACGAAGAGGAUGUCAUUAUAGCGGUUGAUGCGUUUAUUGUAUUACAAGAUGAAGAAGAAGAAACAAAGAGGCCAAAAUAUUGGAUGCACCAGUUGUGGAAAGCAAGAGAUGAAGACGGAGAAUUCCACACAAUAUUUUCGCGUCUUAAAAGCGACCCAGUGAAAUUUUCCAAGUAUUUUCGUAUGAUUUUACCGAAGUUCGAGAACCUUUCGAAAAUACUUGAGAAUGAUUUAACAAAACAGCACUCGAGGUGGAGGCGGCCAGUUUCUCCAGAAGAAAGGUUGGCAUUGAUAUUAAAAUUAAAAUACCUGGGUUCAGGCAAUUCACAACUGUCUAAUCAGCUCCAGCUGAUUGGCUCCUUCGACAGUGAACUCUAUUAUUUUUCCAACAUUGGAAGCUAUAUGAAAGUGUAUGGUUGCUAAAGAAAUGCCAGAAUCAACAGAGGAAAUGCGGGGAAAAAUAGCUGAAAAGUUUGGUUCAAUAUGGCAGUUCCUCAAUUGUAUAAGUGCAAUUAUUGAUGGGAAGCAUAUUGAAAUUCAAGCUCCAAAAAAUAGUGGGUCACUCUAAUACAACUAUAAAAAGACAUUUUCGGUUGUAUAAUUAGCGUUAUAUUAGCGUAAUUUAUAGUUUGGUUGACGCAAACUAUAAAUUCGUGAUAAUUGAUGUUGGUGGUUAUGGAAAAUCUAGUGAUGGUGGAAUUCUAUC